CCCGAAAAAAAGAAAAACUCCAUCCCCCCGGCAUCAAGAUAUUCGACAACAAAAUUCUCACCGAGGCCUCAAAAGCGCCCCUGAGGGCCGUCGCACUGGCGUCAUAUCUGGGCGACGGGUUCGCCGCCCUCGGUAGCCGCGCCCCCCCGCCCAAGGACCAUCUGAUGGCGUUCGGGGCGGUACUACACACCAGCCAGCACAAUAUCGGUCGCAGUGAACCGCCGGUGGGCGUGGGCGAUCCCUGUGCCGGAUGCAACAAACCCAUCCUGGACAAGUUCCUGCUGAAUGUCCUGGAACGCGCCUGGCACGCCUCCUGCGUCCGCUGCUGUGAAUGCCUCCAACCGCUCACCGACAAAUGCUUCAGCCGCGAGUCGAAGCUCUACUGUCGCAACGAUUUCUUCAGACGUUACGGCACCAAGUGCAGUGGGUGUGGCCAGGGUAUCGCGCCGUCGGAUCUGGUGCGAAAGCCCAGAGACAAGGUCUUCCAUCUGAACUGCUUCACCUGCUGCAUCUGCCGCAAGCAACUGAGCACAGGUGAGCAGCUCUACGUGCUGGACGACAAUAAGUUCAUCUGCAAGGACGACUAUCUGCUGGGCAAGGCGCCAUCCUGCGGCCACAAUUCGCUGAGCGAUUCAUUAAUGGGCUCGGCGAGCGAAGACGAUGACGACGAUGAUCCGCCGCAUUUGCGGGCCACGGCACUCGGAUUGGGCGUACUGGGGCCCAACGGACCCGACUCAGCGGGCGGACCUCUGGGCACAUCGGAUAUAUCAGUACAAAGCAUGAGCACCGAUAGCAAAAAUACCCAUGACGAUUCCGAUCAGGGCUCCUUGGACGGCGAUCCGGAUGGACGUGGCGAUUCCCAGGCGGAGAACAAAAGUCCCGACGAUGCCAACGGAUCGAAGCGACGCGGUCCGCGCACCACCAUCAAGGCCAAACAGCUGGAGGUGCUCAAGACGGCCUUCAAUCAGACGCCGAAGCCGACACGCCACAUCAGGGAGCAACUGGCCAAGGAGACCGGGCUGCCCAUGCGAGUCAUACAGGUGUGGUUCCAAAAUAAACGGUCGAAGGAGCGACGCAUGAAGCAAAUCACCAGCAUGGGUCGCCCUCCAUUUUUCGGUGGCGCCCGGAAAAUGAGGGGUUUCCCCAUGAACCUCUCGCCCGGCGGACUGGACGACGGACCCGGCUUUCCCUACUUCGCGGCGGACGCCAAGUUCGAGUUUGGCUACGGCGGACCCUUCCACCCGCACGACGGACCUUACUUUCCCGGACAUCCCGGCGGACCGAUGCCCUUCAAUGCGCCAGGUGGCCCCAUGGACCACAGCGGACCCAUUCCGAUGGUGAACGAGUUCGGACUGACGCCGGAGGCGACGUUCCUUGGGCAGGCGGGCGGUCCGCCAAUGCAACUGCAGUCGGCCGUCGGACCGCCGCCACCGCCGCCGCCGCCGAGCGCCGAGCACUUGAUGGCCGCCGCAGCGGCAGCGGCGCAGCAACAGGCGGCGCAACAGCAGCAGCAGCAGCAACAACAGCAGCAGCAGCAACAGCAGAAUGCGCAACAAGCGGCGAAUCAGACGCAGCAGCAGCAGCAACAAAAUGGCCCCCGCACCAAUUCGCCGGAGUUCAUGAGCUCGGCGAAUUUCAGCGAACCGCAGAAUAUGCAAAAUGAAGGGCUCGUUUGGUAAUAUACGAAACAGUUGGCAACGCGGCUGCUGCUCUUCGGCAGAGAGCGAGAGCGAGAGCGAGAGAGAGCGGCGCGAGUGGAAGAGUAAAUGAGAGGGAAGGAGAGUCAGAUGUAGUGCCGUCUCGUUCUGGCCAAAGGCUAAGCCCCACCCCCUCUGCUACGAUUUGUUUUUGUUAUACUUUUAUUAUUAUUAUUAUUAUUAUUAUUAUUAAAACUGUGCUAUUUUUUUGUAUUUCA